GAGCCGCCGAGACUGCCGGGAUGGUAGUUUCCUGGCACUUCAGACUGCGUCUUACUGGUCCGGAUCAGAGAGGUCGACGCCAGUCGCUAAGUGAUGACGCUAACGCGCUGAAGCCGAGUGCCAGUCUUUUCCGCAACCCGGCUGGUUAGUCGCUGCGGCUGUGGCGGCUUCUGCAAGCUAGCUUUUGUUGGGACCCUUCCGAGGCUUGCGCUCCCUGCGAGCCGAGGACUCCGGGAUCACAUCGGUGAUGGCUGGCCUGAGAGAUGUAGCCCCAUGAGACCAUGUCAAGUGCAGCAGAUGUAGCAUUUGAUGGUUUAGAAGUAUCCAGCUUUUUAAAAGUUGUGAUCUGACCUGUGGUGUGGAGGCAAGGUUACUCGAAGGCUUUCUUUCCUGAAUGGUUUGAUGGCUUUCUUCUCUGACUCAAACCGAAGGAGUUGUUCUCUACCAACACAGAAAAGGAUUGUGGAUGACACUGUCCUGGAAUGCCACCUCUGAUUCACUGACACAUGAAGAAAACCUCAUGAAUAGCAAUCACAGAGACUCAGAGAGCAUCACUGAUGUUUGCUCCAAUGAGGAUCUCCCUGAAGUUGAGUUGGUGAGCCUACUAGAAGAACAGCUUCCUCAGUACAAGCUGCGAGUGGAUUCCCUCUUCUUAUAUGAGAAUCAAGACUGGGCUCAGUCUGCUCAUCAGAACCAACAUGACUCUGAUGCCAUCUCCCCAGUCCUCGCUGAAGAGACUUUCCGUUAUAUGAUUCUAGGCACAGACAGGGUGGAGCAGAUGACCAGAACUUACAAUGACAUUGACAUGGUCACACACCUUCUGGCUGAGAGAGAUCGGGACUUAGAGCUAGCAGCUCGUAUUGGACAAGCUCUCCUGAAGAGGAACCACGUUCUGUCUGAACAGAAUGAAGCGCUUGAAGAGCAGUUGGGACAAGCCUUUGAUCAAGUUAAUCAGCUGCAACAUGAGUUGUCUAAGAAAGAUGAAUUACUUCGAAUUGUCUCCAUCGCUUCAGAAGAGAGUGAAACCGAUUCCAGCUGUUCGACACCUCUUAGAUUCAAUGAGUCCUUCAGCCUUUCUCAAGGCCUGUUGCAGCUGGACAUGCUACAAGAAAAACUCAAGGAACUGGAGGAGGAGAAUUUGGCUCUCCGAUCUAAGGCUUGUCACAUAAAGACUGAAACAAUUACCUAUGAAGAAAAGGAGCAGCAACUUGUCAAUGACUGUGUUAAAGACUCCGUGAGUGAGACAAAUGCUCAGAUGUCCAGGAUGACGGAGGAGCUGUCAGGGAAGAGCGAUGAGCUGAUUCGAUACCAGAAAGUCUCCUCCCUCUUGUCACAGAUUGUUGAUCUUCAACACAAACUUAAAGAACAUGUGAUUGAAAAGGAGGAACUGAGGCUUCAUCUACAAGCUUCCAAAGACGCCCAAAGACAGCUGACAAUGGAGCUUCAUGAGUUACAGGAUCGGAAUGCAGAGUGUCUGGGAAUGCUACAUGAAUCCAAGAAGAAUAAGGAACUCCGUAGUAGAUCCAGCCCUGCAGCACAUAUAUAUGGUCCCCAACAGUGUGGAGCAUUUUCUGCGGAAUCUCUAGCCGCUGAAAUCGAAGGAACCAUGCGCAAAGAACUGAGUUUAGACGAGGAGUCUUCUCUCUGCAAACAGAAAGAGCAACAGAAGCGAGUAUUUGAUACUGUCAAGGUAGCUAACGAUGCACGGUGCCGCUCAGCAUCAUUUCCUGCCCUGCUUCCCAUCCCAGGCUCCAAUCGUUCAAGUGUCGUGAUGACAGCAAAGCUGUUCCAAUCUGGUGUUCAGCAUAUGGAGAACAGUGCACACCUGCACCCGAGGAGUAGUGUGGAUGAUGUAUCUAAGGACUCCCAGAAUACAAGGCUGCCAGGAACCCCUGGAGACAGUGACUUAGCUACGGCUCUGCACCGCCUUUGUCUGCGUCGGCAGAACUACUUAAGUGAGAAACAGUUCUUUGCCGAGGAAUGGGAACGUAAGAUGCAUGUGCUGACUGAUGAGAAAGAGGAGGCCAGUGGCUGCAGCACCCCCACAGGGAGCUUUGCUUCUCUCUGCACCAACCAGUCUGAGGUCACAGACCUUGGCUCUACCACCAGCUGCAUCCGGGCUUUUAUGCCAGAGAAGCUACAGAUUGUCAAACCCCUUGAAGGAUCUCAGACGCUACAUCACUGGCAGCAGCUUGCACAACCAAACUUGGGCACCAUUCUUGACCCACGGCCAGGCGUCAUUACAAAAGGCUUUACUUUAUUGCCUGAAGAUGCUGUUUAUCACCUUUCUGAUUUAGAAGAAGAUGAAGAUGGGGGCAUAACAUUUCAGGUUCAGCAGUCUUUUCAGGAAGAAGGGAAACCUUCAGCGUCAAAGCCAGUACCCGGCAUCUUCCUACCACCUCUUACGUCAGCAAGUGUGCCACUUACAGCCUCAAAUCCAGGAAAAUGUCUGUCGUCCACAAAUUCCACCUUUACCUUUACCACCUGUAGGAUAUUACACCCCUCUGAUAUCACUCAGGUUACCCCAAGCACCAAGUUCCCGUCAUUAUCCUGUGGAAGUACUGGAAGCAGUACGCCUAGUACAGCUAUGAAUUCCCCUGCCCUGUCCUACAGGCUCAGCAUUGGGGAAUCUAUCAGCAGCCGACGAGACUCAACCACCACCUGCAGCAGCACCAUGAGUCUGGCCAAACUCCUGCAAGAACGAGGCAUUUCUGCUAAAGUAUACCACAGCCCUAUUUCGGAGAACCCUCUCCUCCUACCAACCACUAAAGUCCCAGCCAUUCCCUCUACCCCACCAAAUUCUCCAUCCCAUUCACCUUGUCCUUCUCCUUUGCCUUUUGAACCCCGGGCCUAUCUGUCUGAGAACUUUCUUGCCUCCCGACCAGCUGAAACAUUCCUACAGGAGAUGUACGGCUUGAGGCCUUCCAAGAACCCUCCAGAUAUUGGCCAGUUGAAAAUGAAUCUGGUGGACAGAUUAAAGAGACUUGGAAUAGCCAGGGUCAUCAAGACCCCAGAGAUGAAGGAAAAUGGAAAAAAUCAAGGGAUAGAAAUUGGUCUGCGAAGACCAGACUCUGCUGCCUUUUUAAAUGCAAGUAGUAAUCUUUUGGGUGGACUCAGGAGGAACCAGAGUCUUCCCGUCAUGAUGGGUGGCUUCGGAGCCCCAGUUUGCACAUCCUCCCCCAAAAUGGCCAUCUUGAAGGAAGACUGAAUUUGCAUAUGAAGGAUAAACUCAGAGUGGUCAAAGUAGUGUAAUCUGAAGGAAAAAGAAAGUUGCAAAAGGGUUGUGGAUGUGAGAAAGGAAAAGAAGGGUGAUGAAGAGGAGUAUGGUGAAAAGGCCUAGGGUGUGAGCACUUAUAACUGAGAAAUGUAGAGCAAAAGGGAUGGAUACAGGUAUUAGAAAGGAAGAAACAGAGAGCACUCCCGGAACCUCAGGGUUUCUUGACUUAAACCAAAAAAAAAAAAAAAGAUCAAGUAAAAGUAAAAUUCUUUAAUAGUAGAGCAUAUGCGAAAUACAUUGGGGACUUGUGUUCUCAUCCUUUUCCCGCUGAGAAUAACAAGCAGGAAAGAGUCCCAUUUGUAGAGGCAGAAAAUGACAGCCACUUACAAUGUCAUUGGGAAAUCCAUUCUUUUUUUCAAGGCUGGUGCCCAAACCAGGGAUUAAAGUGACAAGUUCAGGCUGUUACUUAACAGCAGUGAGAAAUUUCAUACAUUUUCCCCCACUUAAUAUUUAGUUAUAAGUGUGUCUGUCACCUGCUAUUUUCACAGUUGAAAAAAAAAAACUAGAAAUUUUACCUUUUCUUCAGAUCAGAAGAAGCCCUUGCUUCUUUCUGCCUCAUGUCCACCAAGCAAAUAGGAGAAUAACACUGAGCACAAGCACUAUUCAAAUUCCUUUUGUAUUUGCAGCCACCUUUGCAGUUUUUAAAAAUUUUGUAUUUUUGUACUAUGCAAAAAACCAAUGCUCUUAGGGAUUUCUUUAUUAUUUUCUUUUUCUACUUUAGCAAGCUUAGUAAACUGGAGCCAAUGAAAUCUAUUACCAGAAUUUCCUUUUGGAGGAGUGCAAUGGUCAAGACAUAUGGACAUAAUUAUGUGUGUCUCAGGUCUCCUUGGAGGCUGGGAAGAGUGUAAAGAAAAUGUGCAAUCCAUAGGAACUGGAGGAUGUUGUAUUUUUUUUUUUAAUAAAAGUUUGUUGUGGGGCAGCUAGGUGGUGCAGUGGAUAAAGCACUGGCCCUGGAUUCAGGAGUACCUGAGUUCAAACCCGGCCUCAGACACUUAACACUUACUAGCUGUGUGACCCUGGGCAAGUCACUUAACCCUCAUUGCCCUAAAAAGGAAAAAAAAAGGAAAAAAAAAAAGUUUGUUGCAACUUUGGAAAGGAAUCUUUCCCGAGUGGGCUAUGCAUAUUUUUAAUGGAAGAAUACCUAUAUUUGCACAAAGAAAUUCUCAGGCACAUUGAAUUGUUAGAAACUGAAGAAACACCCAGGUGCUUACUUUGGGGUUGUGUGUUAAUUUUAUUCAAUCUAAAGGAAGAGUGUAACACAAAAUAAAGACCAAGCAGAAAGUUGUUCUGCUGUGUCUGCUCAGUGAUAUCUAUCUCUUUCUCCAAGAAUAAGGUUUUUAAAGGAUAGAUCAAUUGAAGCCUGCUAAGGCAUGUUGCCUUUACCCUUCCAAAUGUGUUCCCUUUAUCAGCAUCAACAGACCCUUUGGUAUUGGGUUUCAGAUACCAAAAUAGAAUGCAAAGUUGUGACAGGAAGAGGUAGGUUGUUUUCCCCAGGACUACUGAAUAACUCCUGCACCUCCAUAUAUUACAGUAGCAUGAUUUGAAUAGGACAGUUUGAAAAUAAAGGGAACCACCCAAGACACACAGUCGAUUAAAAAAAAAACAAGAUGAAGUGACUUCUUUCUUGUUUCCAGAUGGGAAAGCACAAAUCUCUUUGGUGCUGACUUGCCUAGAUCUUACCACUUUGCCUCUUUUAUAUGGGUUAAUUUUGUUGACAACCCUGACGUGGUGGAAAGAGGGCUUUUGUGGGGUGAAUGUUUUGCCUAGGAUAAUUAUGCUGUCCAUGGGACCUGUAAUUAACCUGAUUGUCAGCAACUGCCACAGGCCCCUUCCCAACUUUUGAGGAGCUGUGGACUCAGCUGUGAGUGUAAAAACCUCAAAUCGUAUAUAGGUCAAAAAAAACCCCAACUAAUACUUAUACAUUGUCAAUCAUGAGUUUUCAGUCCUUUCAGUAUUUUUGUGGCAUGUUUUGAUACAACUUCAAAUUUUCUAAGUGACACGAAAAAAAAAAAGUCAGGACAACUUCCUCUUCCUUCUAUCUUGUGCCUAAAAAGUAGUCAGGGGGCAGCUAGGUGGUGCAGUGGAUAGAGCACUGGCCCUGGAUUCAGGAGGACCUGAGUUCAAAUUCAGCCUUAGACACAUGACACUUACUAGCUGGGUAACCCUGGGCAAGUCACUUAACCCUCAUUGCCCUGAAAGGAAUCCCAAAAAUGGGCAUAAAGAAACUGAUAGAAGCACAUCCCCAAAGUGUGAGGGAUGUUAAAAGAAAAAUCCUAGUUACUUAAUUUAUAGAGGGGGAAACCCUCCAUUUUUAAAAAAGGGCAUUUGAAUUUGUGUUACUUAAAGUAAUUAUGUGUACUUCUUGCCUUCUUUAUGGUCAAAAUUUUUUUUUUCUUUUCCCUCAAAUGAACCAGAUUUCUAGUGUGUCCUUUUGCUAGGGUAUUUAUGGUUUCUGAGAGGCUUCAAAAAGUGAAGCAUCAGAUGAGUAGAUUGGCACGUGAGCCAGAAAACCACACAGAGUGUCAAAUGUCAGAUUUCUGUUGUCUAUUACAUAAAUAUGACAGACUUAGCUAGAUUUUGAAGUGUUCUAUAUUAAGGAAAUUUGAAUUUAUAGGGACCUUUUCUUCUCCCCCUUAACUACCCCCGUAAUGAUCUCUAGUUAGUAGUCAACAAUUAGCUUAAUUAGCAGCCAAGUAAUCAAAGGUUUGGUUGAAGAGAGACUGAGCUGAAUGUCGGCAUUCAGCCAGAGGGAUUGAAUACCAGUCUGUGUUGGUCAUUAAGUAAGAAGUGGAUCUGUGUAAGAAGUCAGGUGGAAAAAUUACAGAAGCCAGUCAAAGGUUAUCAUGAUACACAGUCUGAGAAUCAGCACCGCAUCGGGAUCUUGUGACAAGAUGGGUUUUCAGUGGCAAGACAGCCUCCUAGACUUGUCCGUCUGUCAUGCUGCUGUUACCAUUCAGAUAUUUUUUGCUGUUUUCACAAUUUCCAUGUUGGACUUAAGAGACCAAUGUCAAAAACCAAACUUUUUUCUUUUCUUUCUUCCUAGCCUUCAGGGAGGUUUUCUGUGUCUUUACCUCUUGAGUAGAAGUAGUUCCUAUUAACAAAUAGGUUCACUACCUAAACUCAACAUAAAAAGUGGCCUCUCCUAACUUUAAAGAUUCUGGAGAAAAGUUAAUGACAAUAUUGGAGCAGCAUAAGCACCUGGUUUGACUGCCAUACAUUCCAACACAAAUCUGGCUUGAAGGUGCACAAUUUGAGAGAGGAAACACUGAAAGAGGCUUACUGAGAGCUGACUCCCUCAAAUCUGUGCUUAAGACAAUAUUCAAGUAUUAGUUCUGACAAAUGAAAGGAUGCGUGCAUUCUCUGUGUCUGGUUUUAAAGUCUGAGCAUCUCUCCUUGGAUAGCAAAUGUAUACAUGUAUUCCCCCCUGUCCAGCACAGCAGUGAAAUGCAUUUGUGUAUGCAGGAAUGACUGCAACCUAGAGUGUGGUGAACAAGGGAUGGCUGAACAUGGUCUGAUGUUGAGGAAUGUGGGUUUUUGUCGGACAGCUUUGUGCAUUUGACUUUAUUUAUGGCAUGUAAAAAAGAUAAUAAACAUAUACAACUUCCUUUUUAA